GUCUUUUCUCCCUCCGGUUAAAAAAACAUGUGAUCGGUUUUGUUCUAUUUGAAAAUAUUGUGCAGUUUACGAUAUACGUUAAUUUUAAUCGUUAUGUUAGCAAAAGUUAACCCCUCUGUUUGUUUGAAGUUGAUAAAUGUGUAAAAUUUUGUGAAAUAACAAUUUGUUGUUAGAAAAAUACGUAAUUACAAAACCUAACCUUAACCAUGUCAACUCAAAUCAGCUUAGUUUCUUUAGUCAAAACAUUCAGAUCGUUUAAUUCUAAAUUGUUUAGUCGAAUCGGAUUCUCGAAAUCUCAAAAGGUUGUUCUUUUAUCGGUGACAGCCAGCAUAGCACUACUUGCUCUUUUCGCUAGAUAUGUUCGGAGACGUAAGACCACUUCAGGCACAUCGUACCGAAAACUUCCGCGGAGUCCUCAGAUUCUACAUGACAGUGAUGGAGACGGAGGCAGCAGCUACCGACGCAUCGCGAGCCCAGGGCUGCGCAGCCUUCGACGGCAGGGCUCGCUGCUGUCCGGCUUCUCCGACCGGACGUCAACGGCUGGCUCCGUCACGCUGUCCGCCGCGUCACAUGGCGGGGGGGACGCCGACAACGCUGCCUGCACGCAGCCCGUCACGCCGCAGCAGUUCGGAGUCAUGGGCAUGGAGGCGCUGGAGUUGAGCAUCAAGUACUGGGAGGAUGCCCUGGACACGUACCGCAACACGGCUGGCAACUCGGGGGCGCUGGCGUUGACUGGCGAGGAGGAAGCUGAGUUCUACAGAGACCUGGAGCGGGUUCUCGAUGCUGCCUAUCAGCUGCAGGGACAAUGCGAACUCCUAUUUCUUGACCAAAGAUCUGUACUCUUCCGGGCAGAGAGUGUCUCGACUAGACUUGGAGGAUCUGAUCUCCACACUGAUUAUUCAUCACCCGAGUCAUUUGUUUCCGCUCAGGAUGAGGUUGCCGAUCUUAGAGAAUUUGAAGAAUUCACUGACCUUCUGACUGACGUGGAGAAGUUACCAUUGUACCAGUCAGCAUUAAAACAAUUUGAUGAAAAUGGAAUACCCUACAGAGUGCUUCGCACGGAAAUGGUGCACUGCAGUUCAGACGUGGAGUACCUGGGCAAGCUGCACUGCAUCCGACUGGCGUUCCAAUGGCUCUUCAGGGACCAAGCAUCCUGGAACUGGUUUGCUGACAGCGGCCGUCAAGUUCUCACCGAUCUCAUGAUAUUUGCUGACAAGGAUCCAAAGGACUUUCUAAUAGCCUACGAGGAAAUGUUGAAAUUUCUGAAAGACGAGGUGAGCUGGAGUGACAUUGAGUUGGAGCUGAGUGCGAAGGGAGUGAAGGCGCUCACCUUCUUCGACAUAGUCAUGGACUACAUCCUCAUGGACGCUUUUGAGGACUUGGAGAGUCCUCCGCCGACGGUCACUGCUGUAGUACAGAAUAGGUGGCUUUCCAAUGGCUUCAAAGAGUCUGCAUUGACGACGGCUGUGUGGUCGGUGCUGAAAACGAAAAAGUCAAUGCUGAAAUACCCGAAGGGCUUCAUGGCGCACUUCUAUGCAAUCAGCGCACAAAUGUCGCCAUUGAUGGCUUGGGGCUUCCUAGGGCCUGACGAGAAACUCAAGGACAUGUGCUUGUAUUUCAAGGAUCAAGUACUGGGUUACCUGAAAGAAAUUUUCAGUUUUCAGCAGACAAGGUAUGCUUCCGUAGAAGAACUAUCCACCGAUAUUCUCAGUCAUGCGAAAACAAGAUUCGCAAACAUAACCUACAAACUAUCAUCUGAAUCGCAACAAAUGUAUAAAGCCAACAAAGCGCAAGGAGCAACGAACAACUAAUAAAUUAUAGGUACAAACGUCUUCAGAAUAUAGGUAUUAAACGCUGAUUCCAGUAAUAAUAGAUCAAUGUAGUGUUCAAUGUAUCAUGUUCAUGAUCAAUGUAUUGUGGCAACCAACGACGAUAUUCUACGUUAUUACGGCGUAUUAUACUGAAACCUCCUUUCACAAACUGCAACUUUACUGAAAUUUUUGUCAUAGAAGUUUUAUAAUAGUACGAAUUUAUAUUGUUUUGUCACAUGAUUUAACAUUAACAAAGCAAUAAUUGUAAUCAAUGUAAGACACACAUUAUUUAAGUUUAAAGGCAUACUUUACCAAAGAAAGUAAAACUAAAGCUACGUUUACACGUUUACAAGUUGUCAGCAAAAUGUUCUUCACAAUUAAUUUUUCUACAAAAAGUUAUUUUUUGUAGAGUAAAAGUUACUGUUUACCAAUUAAGAACAACGAAAGAUGUGAAUGUUUUGCCCAGAGAGCGUAGUCGGCGAAGAUUUGCAGAGGGGUAAUAUUUGUUCGCAAAUUUAUCUGCGUUUUCCCACACUGAGUGGGGGACAAAAAAAUGUUGAAAACAAGGUCGGAUAUCUACAAGUUUCAGACAAAAUGUUUCUGUGAUUAUUAAGAAAUUGGCAACAAAUUGCUGUAAUUGUUGAAAACUCAGUUAACAACUCUGCUGAAAACGCGGCUUUCUGAUACAUUUUAAUCAGUUGAAGAGAUAAGUUUAUGAUUGGAAACCAAUAAUCUUCUAUUAGUACAGAAAAAACCUUUAUAUGUUUUGUGGAACAAUUUUGUCGACAAUUCAUUUAUUCAACUUAUUUAUGGAUUCAUAAUCUCUGAGAAACGUAUAAAAGUUGCAGUGCAGUUGAAAAUUUAGAAAUAAGACUAUAUGCACUUGAUUUUUGAUCGAAAUUAGUUGACUUGAUUUUAUUGGCAAGUGGCAACUAUGGAGAUACUUCUUAGUUAUACACUGUGAUUUGCAGUGAUAAUACAUGAAUACUUGCAAUAACUUAUCAACAUAGUGUAAUAAUGAACAACAUUCCAAUUUUUUUACUUGCACACCAAUGAAAAUGAGAAAAAAAUGUGAUUGAAAUUUCCUGUGCAUUGUCUUAGGAAGUAUUGAUUUAUGUAUAUUUAUGACAAAAGUGUAAAUAAUACAAUAUUUAUUGUAAAAAGGUGACUUUGCCUCGAUUAACAUGGGUGGUUUCAUCCAUAAAAUAUAUUAAUAGAUAGAUGAUGGGAUUAUCAUUUCAAUAUAAAAUUUCUGAAGAUCCUUUCCAGUAUCACUGAUAUUAUAUUUCUAUACUUCUUAGAUCUGAAACUUCACUUAAAUAAGUUUGUAAUUUUUGUUAGUAAGUUACAUAGACAAGCUAGUAUUUACUUCUACAAGUAAAAAUUAUCAGUCAUGAAAAAAACAUCCAUAAACGAUAUAAAACGAGAUAAUCAUGGAUUUGAACAUCAUUAUGCAGAGGAAUAUGUCUAGUUUACGUGUACAGAAAGAUAAUCGCAGUUUUCUUUGGUUCCAUCUUAUUCUAUCCUUACGCUAUUCGUUUUGAGGACUUGAAAAAUUUGGAAUCGUUACUUGAAAUAUACAAUUAUAUAUUUUUUAUAUUAUAAUAGAUAAACAUUGAACUCAAAAUUAGAGAUUCAGACGAAAAAGAAAAUAUCAAUUAUGAUUUCCAAUGCUGUAUUCAAAUAAUAAUUCCCAAAAUCUCAUCGAAAUUAGAUUCUUUAUAACAAUUCCUGAUAAAAACAUUCUCUAGAGAUCCAAACUCUGAAUUUAACCUCUUACAUUACAACCAAACCGAUACGAUACUGGCCAAAGAACAGAUUUUUAAGAUUUGAGGGAAAUGGCAUUCACUUAAAUCUGAGAUAAAAGUUGAAGUUUUUAUCGUGUAUGGCAGAGAAUUAAGAACGAAAUCAGUUCUAGUCCUUUUGCAAGAUCGCAGAAAAAUGUAGUUCUUUCAAUUUUUAUUGAAAAAUAUUAUAGCAAAAUAUUAUAGUCUCAAUAGGCCUUAGAAGGACUGCAGAAUGAACGACAAAGAAAUUCAGUUUUUCUGCGCUUCAGUGCUUUCCAAGCUAGUCAGCUGGGUGAGCUCUCCCAUGAGAAUUAAUAAGUUUUUCAAGGUUUUUACUCUACCCAGCAGAACAAAAA